AUGCAAGCACUGAUCCCGGUGAUCAACCGUGUUCAGGAUGCAUUUUCCCAACUUGGAACAAAUGUCAGUUUUGAAUUGCCGCAAAUCGCAGUAGUUGGUGGACAGUCUGCAGGAAAAUCGUCGGUUUUGGAGAAUUUCGUUGGAAAAGAUUUUCUUCCAAGAGGAUCUGGAAUUGUCACAAGAAGACCACUCAUUCUUCAGCUGAUUCAAGAUAGAAAUGGUUAGAUUUUUUCAAUGUUUUUGGGGAGAAAUAAAAUGAUUGUUUUCAGAAUAUGCCGAAUUUUUGCACAAGAAAGGACAUCGAUUCACAGAUUUUGAAGCAGUUCGCAAAGAAAUUGAAGAUGAAACAGAUCGUGUGACUGGACAAAACAAAGGAAUCUCUCCACAUCCAAUCAACUUGCGUGUCUUCUCUCCAAAUGUUCUCAAUUUGACACUCAUUGAUUUGCCUGGUUUGACCAAAGUUCCAGUCGGAGAUCAGCCAGCUGAUAUUGAACAACAAAUUCGAGACAUGUUGUUGACAUUUAUCAGCAGAGAAACAUGCUUGAUUUUGGCAGUAACACCAGCAAACAGUGAUUUGGCAACAUCAGAUGCGCUCAAAUUGGCCAAAGAAGUUGAUCCUCAAGGAUUGAGAACUAUUGGUGUUCUCACAAAACUUGAUCUCAUGGACGAAGGAACUGAUGCACGUGAAAUCUUGGAGAAUAAAUUGUUCACACUUCGUCGUGGUUAUGUUGGUGUUGUUAAUCGUGGACAAAAGGAUAUUGUUGGUAGAAAAGAUAUUCGCGCAGCUCUUGAUGCUGAACGAAAAUUCUUCCUGUCACAUCCAGCAUACCGUCAUAUGGCUGAUCGUUUGGGAACAAGUUAUCUUCAACAUACUCUUAAUCAACAACUUACAAAUCACAUUCGUGAUACUUUGCCAACUUUGCGUGACAGUUUGCAAAAGAAAAUGUUUGCCAUGGAGAAAGAUGUUGCUGAAUACAAGAAUUAUCAGCCAAAUGAUCCAGGAAGAAAAACAAAAGCACUUCUUCAAAUGGUUCAACAAUUCAAUGCAGAUAUUGAAAGAUCGAUUGAAGGUUCGUCGGCAAAACUCGUCUCAACAAAUGAGCUCAGCGGUGGUGCUCGAAUCAAUCGUUUGUUCCACGAAAGAUUCCCAUUCGAAAUUGUGAAAAUGGAAAUCGACGAGAAAGAAAUGCGAAAAGAAAUUCAAUUUGCAAUCCGAAAUAUUCAUGGUAUUCGUGUUGGUCUUUUCACUCCAGAUAUGGCUUUCGAAGCAAUCGCCAAGAAACAAAUUGCUCGUCUGAAGGAGCCAUCGCUCAAAUGUGUUGAUUUGGUUGUCAAUGAGAUGGCUAACGUCAUCAGACAAUGUGCCGAAACAGUGAGUUUUAUCUUUUUGAAACAAAAUAAUGUUUAUGUAAAUUUUUUGUUUCAGAUGUCAAGAUAUCCAAGACUUCGAGAUGAACUUGAAAGAAUUGUUGUAUCAAGUAUGCGUGAACGUGAACAAAUUGCCAAGACUCAAAUUGCUUUGAUCGUCGAUUAUGAACUUGCCUAUAUGAAUACCAAUCAUGAAGAUUUCAUUGGUUUCAGCAAGUGAGUUCAAGAGCCUUUUGGAAACCAAAGUUUCCAAAAAUACUUCAAUUUUUUCCAGCGCCGAAGCAAAAGCCUCACAAGGACAAUCGGCCAAAAAGAAUCUCGGAAAUCAGGUGAUUCGCAAAGGCUGGCUGUCUGUGUCCAACAUCUCAUUUGUUCGUGGCUCCAAAGAUUGCUGGUUCGUUUUGAUGUCCGAUAGUUUGAGCUGGUACAAAGAUGAUGAGGAGAAGGAGAAGAAGUACAUGUUGCCGCUCGAUGGAAUUCGCCUUCGUGAUAUUGAAAGUGGUUUCAUGUCUCGUCAACACAAGUUUGCCUUGUUCUACCCGGAUGGAAAGUAAGUUGCGUUUCUCUCUACCAUCUCACGUUAGGCAUGCUUUUUUUCAUUUUUAUAUUAUUUUGGAAUAAUUUCAGGAAGUGGGUGUAGUUUAUUUUGCUUCUCCUAGAAUUUGUAAGACACUUUUAUUAUUUUUUUUGAAAAAGAUGUUGUAUUCGUUGAAUAGAUUAGUCAGAAAGCAUGCACACGAAUAGCACGAGUUCCGUUCCGAUUUCUACCAUCUCAUAGAAAAAUUUAUUAAUUAAUUUUAUUAGCAGGAAUAUCUACAAAGACUACAAACAAUUGGAAUUGGGAUGUAAUAAUUUGGACGAAUUGGAUGCUUGGAAAGCAUCAUUCCUUCGAGCCGGUGUUUAUCCAGAAAAACAAAAGGCACCAGAAGAUGAGAAUAUGCCAGAAGUUGAUGAAUCAUCAAUGGAUCCACAACUCGAACGACAAGUCGAAACAAUUCGUAAUUUGGUUGACUCUUAUAUGCGUAUUAUCACAAAAACCAUCAAGGAUCUUGUUCCAAAAGCUGUUAUGCAUUUGGUCGUCAAUCAAGUCAGCGAAUUUAUGCGCGAAGAAUUGUUGGCACAUCUUUAUCAAUGUGGAGAUACUGAUUCGUUGAUGGAGGAAUCGCAACUCGAGGCUCAAAAACGUGAGGAAAUGCUCAGAAUGUAUCAUGCGUGCAAGGAAGCAUUGAAAAUCAUUUCUGAGGUAAGAAUUUUAGUUUUUUGUUGAUUAAAAAACAAUUCAAAUUUCAGGUUAAUAUGAGCACCCUCGGCGAUGUUCCACCCCCAUUACCAACUGAUUAUCGCCCAGCUGCUUCUGGCCCAUCUCCAAUUCCACGUGCUGCCCCAGCGCCACCGGGCGGACGUGCCGCGCCAAUGCCGCCACGCCCAGGACCGGGAGGACCACCGCCACCAGGAAUGCGUCCCCCACCAGGUGCACCAGGUGGUAUGUAUCCACCAUUGGUUCCAUCGUGAGUUUUUCUUCUUGAAAAAAAAAAUUUGAUAUGAUCCAACAAAAAACACACACACUAUUUCUUUAUACUUCUCUCUAAUGUUUUUUUUCCUGAUGAAAACAAUUGUGUAGUGCAGAAAAUUAAUUAAUUAAAAUCUAGACGUCCGGGACCUGGUGGACCACCACCAAAUAUGGCGCCACCUAGAUAAGUUUGUAUAUUGUAAAAUGAUCCACUGAAAAAGGUUGGUUGCGUUUUCCAAAGAAAUGCAUGUUGUGAGGUCUAUUAUCUAUUUGAUUUACAAAUUUUUUCAUUUCUUUUUUUCUUCAACAAAAAAAAACAGUUUCCCUUUUCAAUGUUGUGUCGUAUUAGACGUUAUAAUUUUCAGCUUAUUUUAAUUAGUUUAUUUAUUGGUCGAAAAAUGUAUUUAAAAAUCGUUAAAUGAUUUUCCGGCAUGAUAAAUAGUUGGAUAUCGGGUUUUGAUGUUCAUCUCUAAAAAAUUCAUAUUUUUCAGAAGAGCACCAACACCAAAUAAUGGCCAACCACCAGUGCCAGCACGUCCUCAAGUUCCAGCAAGACCUUUCUAA